UAUCUUCCCAUUCUGUUCGUGACUUUCGUCGGUGUGAUUGCAACAUGUGUGGGUAGCUGUCAGUUGAUCAAGUUAACAGAAACAGUUCUAUGUUUCACUGUAGAAGGUUAAUUUUGAGUUAAUUUACUGUAACUUCAGUUUUUUUUUCAAUGAGUCAAGUAAAAAGAUUAGCCUUCAGUGUGCGACAAAUUCAUAAUGUAAGGUUUACAAGAAUGGCAUCAACUGAGAAAACAAAUCUGGAUGCGGAAAGUCCCAGAAUGCAGGAGUUCAAAAAGAAACUUAGGGAGCGCACUCCAAUUGGGAAGCUGGAAGAAAUGGAAGCAGGAAAACACCCGUAUCAAGAGAAGGAACCUUUAGAACCUCAUCCCAAUAAUACAAAUCCAACCACAGGAGAAGUGGGGGGGCCACGUGGUCCUGAGCCUACUCGUUAUGGAGAUUGGGAACGAAAGGGUCGUGUUUCUGAUUUUUGAUCAAUGUAGAAAUAUUUUGCAUACAUAUAGAAUUGUUAUAUAGUGUAAAAUAUUAAAAAUGAAGAGUUUGAGCCAGAUAAAGUUUGUUGUAACUUGUAACACUAUGCGUUGGUCAAUGCAUAGUAGAAACACAUUUAGGAAGGCAAUGCAAGAUAUCAAAAUUUGUAGGCUGUUCUCUCCGUUGUGUUAUAAAUUGUCAUGAGAUCUAAAGAAUUUUUGUAAUGUCACCAUAGAUAAUUGAUUACAGUAUAUUAUUAUAUGAAUAGUUCAUAAAAGGCUAUCAAAACAUAUGAUACACAUUGUUGAAGGAAAUUUCCUUUUCAUGAUUUACAUGAUUCAAAUUUGUGAAAUAAAUAAUCUUGUCAUGAAA